AUGUCGCAGUCGCAGGGCAGCAUGAAUUUUGACCUUCCCUCAGAUCUCGUUUCCCAUAUCUCGUCCUUGGACAAAUUCAUUCAAAACACAAUUCUCCCAUUGCAGCAUGCUGGAGAUAAUAAUAGGUUUUUUGACUAUCGACGAGAACAUGCACGGACUGAUUGGGACAAUGAAGGAUUGCCACGGAGGGAAUGGGAGGACAUACUAGUCCAGGCACGCAAACUUGCCGAUCAAGCAGGUUUCUACCGUUUUCCUCUCCCCAAGGUAUACGGCGGAGCAGCAAACCCUAACACAAAUCUCUGGAUGAGCGCCAUUCGCUACCACCUAGCCUCACACCCGGUCUACGGCGGAGGCGUCUCGCUCGCCAACGAUCUGCAAAAUGAGCACAGCGUCGUUGGCAACUUCCCUGAUAUACUAAUGUUGCAUCACUUUGGUAACGAAGAACAACGCCACACCCUCAUCCCCGCCCGCCUUAGGGGAGAAUAUCGCGCCACCUUUGGAUUGACGGAGCCCAAACACGGCAGCGAUGCCACCUUCAUGGAGACAAUUGCCCUCCCAGAUCGCAGAGAAUACCCCGCUGGUUCGGGCCCCGCCAAUGCUGUCGACGGCUUCGUGAUCAACGGAGCUAAGAAAUGGCAAACGGGCGCUCACCACUGUACGCAUAUGAUAGUCUUCGCGCGUACGUCCGGCCAGCCGGGGUCAUCGCGAGGAAUCACAGCCUUUCUGGUCCCGCGCAAAACUCCCGGUAUCAACUUGAUCAGCUACGAAUGGACCUUCAACAUGCCAACGGACCAUGCCACGGUGGGGCUGGACGAUGUGUUCGUCCCCCGCUCCGCAAUUCUUGGCGAACUCGACAUGGGGCUUGCAAUUGCGCAGACUUUUGUGCAUGAGAAUCGGAUCCGGCAGGCGGCAUCUUCGUGUGGCGCUGCACGCUUCUGUCUUGACAAAUCGAUUGAGUAUGCGAAGGAGAGGGAGGUGUGGGGCAAGGGCAAGACGCUUGCUGAUAACCAGGCAAUUCAGUUUCAAGUCGUAGAAUUGAUGACGCAGGUGGAGAUGUUGAGGCUUCUGAUAUUGCGGACAAGUUGCGAGAUGGACAAGAUUACAGCGGAGUGUGGAGGACAUGGGGACGCCCCUGUAACUGGGCCUAAGAAGCCAUGGGUGGAAAUUGAGAAGAGGUUAAGCGAUCAGGUGGCUAUGUGUAACUUUUGGGCCAAUAGGUUGUGCUGCCAGGCUGCGGAUAGAGCUAUUCAAAUUCAUGGCGGCAACGGGUAUUCCCGUCACAAGCCAUUCGAACACAUCUACCGCCACUUCCGUCGGUAUCGCAUCACGGAGGGCUCCGAGGAAAUUCAAAUGCGCAAGAUUGCGGCGUACAUCUUUGGAUUUGCGGGUCCGAGGAAAAUCGAAGAAGCUAAGAAGCGGGAGACGAAAGCUAAGGAGGAGGAAGAGGCGAAGAAGGCAAAACUGUAA